AUGAGGAUCAAUCAGACAUUCCUAGAAGAAUUCAUCUUCCUUGGAUUCUCAGCUUACCUAGAAUGGCAAAUUGUCCUAUUUGUUUGCUUCUUCUUUGUCUACCUUCUUACCCUCACUGGCAACUUGGUCAUCAUGGCCCUCACGUGGGUGGACCAUGCCCUCCAUAUUCCCAUGUACCUCUUUCUUGCUGCCCUUUCCUUUUCUGAAACCUGCUAUACAUUAACCAUAAUCCCCAAAAUGCUGAUAGACCUGUUGGCCAAGAAUAGAAGCAUUUCUAUCCCAGGAUGUGCCCUCCAAAUGUUUUUCUUCCUUGGACUUGGUGGUACCAACUGUAUUAUCCUUACAGUGAUGGGCUUUGAUCGGUUCCUGGCCAUCUGUCAUCCCCUGCGCUACCCCACACUCAUGACCAACAAAGCAUGUGGGCAACUUGUGGCUUUAGCUUGGAUUGGUGGAUUCUUUAUUUCCUCGACAGAGACAACAUUGAUAUUUUGGGGAUCCUUCUGUGGCCCCAAUCUUAUCAAACAAUUCUUCUGCCACAUGCGAGCAGUGACCAAAUUGUCCUGCCUAAAUAGUUACAUCAAAGAAAUUAUUGUCACAGUUAUUUCAGAGUCUGGUUUGCUGGGGACAUUCCUAUUUAUCAUUCUUACAUAUGUAUUCAUUCUCUCUACAGUACUCAAGAUCCCCUCAGUUGAGGGGAGAAAAAAGGCUUUCUCUACUUGUGCCUCUCACCUUACUGUGGUCAUCAUUCACUUUGGAUUUGCUGCCAUAGUUUACUUAAAGCCAGAGGCACAAGAGGGAGAUGAUGUCCUGAUAACUAUCCCCUACACUGUUGUCACACCCUUUCUCAGCCCUAUCAUUUUCACCCUGAGAAACAAGGACAUGAAGAAUUCUCUGAAGAGAGUACUAGACAAGAAAGUUGCCUUAACCAAAUGA